AUGUCGACCGCCGGCGACGGGAGUAUCAACACGCCGCCGGUGUUCCCAGCAGACGAGCAAGCAUUUCCAACGCCAUCAGUGACCGUCGUCUUGACCACCGUCCUUCUAAUCCUCUUCUUCCUAGGCCUCUUCUCGAUCUACUUCUGCCGGUGCUUCUUGGAGAGCCUGAUGGACGACUGGAACGUCGCCGGCCGGAUCCCCAAUUUCACCGACAACGCGAUCAACCACAAUUCCAGCGGCGGCGGAGCCGACCCGGAAGAGCAAGGGCUCGAUCCGGCCUUGGUUCAGCUUUUCCCGACGUUUCCCUACUCUAGCGUCAAGGAGUUCCGGCGAGAGAAGUACGAGCUGGAGUGCAUCAUCUGCCUCACCGAAUUCGAGGAGGAAGACCUACUCCGCCUCCUCACCGUGUGCUACCACGUGUUUCACCCGGAAUGCAUCGACCUCUGGCUCCGGUCCCACAAAACGUGCCCCGUCUGUCGGCGAGACCUGGACCAGGUCUCCCGCGACAGCCUCGAGAAGACCCCGCUCAACAUCUUCGACAGUAGCGCCCCUGUCGUUGUCGGGAACAAUGACUGUGGAAGUCUUAUUGACGGCUCCACCGCCAUCACCAUCGACCAGGAGCGUCGCCAGAGUGAUGGCGGUGGGGAGCACGAUGAGGAGAUGAGGACGAGGACAGAGAGCGAGUUGAGAAGAUUUUCUAGGUCUCACUCCACGGGGCACUCCAUAGUGGUGUCACGGUCGUCGGUCGGGGAUCAUGGAGAGGACGAGGACGAUAGGUACACGUUGAGAUUGAUGGAGAAUGUGAAGGUUAGAAUGGUGUCGGCACCUAGGCGACAUUGCGCGGUAGAGAGUUGUAUCGCUUUCGGUGAAUUUUCUAAACUCAGAGGUGUUUAUAAUGGUAAGAACAAUAAUAAUAUUAGCAUCAUCAAUGGUUGUCACGGUGGGUUUGGAGAGGUGCCGGGAACUUCCGUAACCAGAAUAGUUGGUAAGUCAUAG